AUGGCUGUUGCAGCUUAUGCAGCUCUGCGUUCUCUCAAGCCUGUCCUCGACAAUAUCCAGAAUCCCGUUCGUCGCCAUCGGCUUCAUGUAGACUCAGAUCGAAUUCAAAGCUUGCAAGAAAAGGUAGAGUUCUUGCAAGAGUUCCUCGAAGUUCAUUCUCAAAGUAAAAGCCAAGAAAUAGAAGAUCUGUCGAGGCAAAUCGCUGUUGUUGCGGUUGAAGCGGAUGAUGUCAUUGACCGUCACGUAGUGGAUCAACUUUGUAAAGGAUCUCAAGAUGAAAGUCAUCACCUGGCCUCCCUCUCAUCUUUUUGUCAAGAUAUAGACAAAAUAAUUGAAAAGAUUGAUGGGAUCACCGAAAAUUUGAUGAUGAUUAAAGAGGAAUGGGGCGACAACGUUCAAGAGAAGAAUUCUGAAGUUUCCGUGCCAGUUAGUUCAAGAACACUUCCUUCCGGUGGCAACGAUACUAUGGUGGGAUUUGAGGAAGGCUUGCUUCAGAUCAUGGAUGUGCUUACUAGAGAUGAAUUUAACCUUCAAAUUCUCCCAAUUGUUGGAAUGGGAGGGAUUGGUAAGACCACUCUCGCAAGAAAUGCUUUUAAUCAUCCAUAUAUUGUCAACCGAUUUGAUAUACUUACUUGGAUUACAAUAUCUCAAGAAUACAACAUGAAAGAAAUUCUUUUGGGCCUUUUGAAUGAUGGAAGUAUAGAAGAAAGUGCAGAAAUAGAAGAGUUAGAAGUACUAUUGUACCAAAGAUUAUUUGGCAGAAAGUAUUUGAUUGUUAUGGAUGAUAUUUGGAGUAUCAAAGUUUGGAAUGAUUUAAAAAUAUUCUUCCCAGAUAAUGGGAAUGGAAGUCGAAUUAUGAUGACUACUAGGCUAACCAAUGUGGUUGUUUCUUUGGGCACUCUUAAACCCUAUUCGAUGGAUUUUCUAGACGAUAAUAAAAGUUGGAAUUUACUUUGUGAAAAGGUAUUUGGUGAAAGAAAUUGCCCUUAUCCAGAAUUAGAGGGAAUUGAAAAAGAUAUAGCCAAAGGCUGCAAAGGGCUUCCUCUUGCACUUGUAGUAAUUGGUGGGCUCCUUGCGAAUUCCGACAUGCAACGUGAAUAUUGGGUGUUAGAUUGUGAGAAAUGUGAACUCAUUUGCCAAUUCACAAGAUAA